GUCACACUGUAGAUUAACUGUUAGCUAAUCUCAUUUUGAUUACGUGUGUUUGAAGUCAAGGCUGUAGUCUACAAAAAGCACAGGUUUGCUGUAACUUCAAAAUGGCAUCUCAGAACGGAACUUUCCUUCUUGUUGACUUGCAAACAUCUACGGUACCCUAUGUAGCAGUUGUUCCUGAUUUCUGGGUACAAGAAGGGAAGUGUUCGUAUCCUAAAAGGAGGGGUGAGGCAGCAGCAAUGAGACGUGAUAAACCGAACGCCAAGUGGCUUGUUUACGAGUGUAUAGUUAGAAAACAAUUUAGUAAUUAUUUGAUCUUUAAGAAUAUAACACGACAUGCUAAUUAAAUCUUUCCCAUCUCAUAGAUUCCUAUCAAGCUGCCAAAGAAAAAGAAAUUCGGGCUUGUGAGCAAAAUGAAUUAACAACGGCAUCGGAAGCUGAGAGUGCUGCUGUAGAUAAAGCAGGAAAGGGAUGCCGCCAGAAAUAUCCGAACAGAAGAUAUUCACAUACUAUUGAAUCUGAAAAUAUUCCGGAAUCGGACGAUUCAGGUGAGAGCAGUGACGGGAUGUAUGGUCCCACUCAGGAAAUGUUGCCAUUCAUCCCAAUCCCAUCCUCUCUUGUUGGGAAUGCGACUUCUUUUCCAGUAUCUGGUGGUCAAGUUUCCAUUCCACCGCAAAAUCACAUGGACUUGCCUUAUAGAGAAUUGGCACCAAACGAACAACAUCCAUUCUUUAUUGCCACUGGAGGACAGGAGAAUUUGGAUAAGUCUUAUGCUAGCACCCCGGCAUUGCGUACAUUUCACACUAAUGCACCAAUGCUACAACAAGAGGCACUGGUGAAUCGUAAUUCAAGACAGUCCACUGGACUUCAUUUGGCAGGCCCUCCUUCGCAACAGGCGUCAAAUUCCAUGCCGUCUCAAGCACCGACACCAGCACAACAAGGUAACUGGAAUGCGUUAUACGCUGGGACGUCUUCUGCUGGGCAUCAACCCAUCCAAGACCAACCAGCAACAGCUCAACAGACAAAUUUUUACGGGCAAUAUUUUGGAUCACCACCAGCAGUACACAAUAAUUUUCAAACUCCACCAACUCAACAGAAUUUGAAAGAAGUUCAACGUUCUAUUAAACGAUUUAGUCCAAUGACUACUCCACGAACAGAGGAAGCGGCUAAUUCCAUUGAAAAUGUUAAGAUUAUGGACUGCCUAGCGAAGAUGGUGAGAGAGUUCGCGAAGCACCAAGAAACACAAAAUGUGUUGGUGUCUAAACUAAAUGCGAUUGAAGUCAAACUAGAUAAUGUUCAACAACUGGGAGGUGCUAGUAAUUACCAAGAAGAUGACGAAAGUGACCAUUUAUUGCUUCCUCUAGGGGACAUUGGAGCUAUGAAGCCAUUUGAAGAAAGCCUAAAGGAUAAAGACAAAUAUUAUAAACUGGUUUCAUUAAUUCGUGGCAUUGGAGGGUCAUCUUUAUCGGACGCAAUGAAACGUGCUUGGACAAAGGUGUUAUCUCUGAAAGUCAGAGCUGGUUGUAAUUGGGAGGGGAAAUUGCGCAAUGGAACUCGCAAACACGGCCUUGAGAAAUCGGCAAUCACUCGUGCAAUCUUUGAGGGCGUGAAAGGAGUUCCUCAGUUUCGGAAUGCAAGGCAGAGUGAGUUGGAAUGGGAGACCAAAAACUUCAUGAAAAGAGCACCAGAGCAAGUGAGGUCAGAAGAAGCAGUGGCUGCUGGCAAUCCAGUCGUUGAACCACCAGCCGAAGAAGAUCCAGUUCAAGUAGAACAACCCAACUAACGAGUUGGAUUUCCCGUGAACGAAAAAGAAUCAGUUUUCGAACACGUCGUAUCAAUUUCAAUUCAACAAGAUCGAUUGCGGUUUGAAACACCGUUGUGAAUCGUGAAAACAAGAAAAUGUUGGGAAUCGUGAAAUCAAGAACACGGACCAUAUCGUCCCUUGUCUCUUCUCAACACUAACAAAGAAUCUGUCGAGUCUGGGAUUCAGGGAAAACGAUUGCUCCUAAUUAUAUGCCUUAUGUCCCCAAUGUUGCAUUUUAAAAAUUCUCGUUCAUUGUAUUGCUUCCUUGCGUUAGCACGGAAGUGCAUAAUAAACAAGUUUUGCGUAAUUUUUAAUUAUUUUGCGUCACAUUUAAUUUUUUUAAAUGUAAUUUAAGAUCCCGAAUGCGGGAUCCAUUGUAUAUCGUGGGUACGUCCGUAAAUUUUCGCAGCAUAUCCUUAUUAUACGUGAUCGGGCCGUUAUUGGGAUAUCCGUUAAUUGAUAUUUCUAUGAGAUACAGACAGGGACAUACAAUUUACAUCCAAAAAAUGAUAUUCAUUUGAUAUCUUUCUAUGAUGUCCUCAAGAGCGGACAUUAGGA